AUGGAAUGUUCAGGGUCUGAACAUUCCGCUGGGGAGGAAACUGACGGGAGUGGCCUCGCUGUGGGCCAAGAGAGGAUGGGGAGCCUGUUGGGAAGUGCGGGCUCCAUCACCUCGUUGUCGGAGUCGGUGCUGGGCAACAAGCGCCUCUAUUCUGAGGUGGCGACUGGUUCCGGCACCGACACUGAGGUCGGUGUGCCACGGGCACAGUCAGUGGCGAAGAGGGGCAAGGCUCGGGGUGCCUCGCACCUGACGAGGGCCCGGGCUGAAGCGAGGAGGAGUCAGGAGGAGGAUGCCGAGGCUUCCUUCUCGGCCUCUCUAGGGGCUCGGGCCUUCCGGAGGGGAGGACCCCUGAAUGGUGGGGACGAUGAUGUGGUGGUGGCCCCCAUUGAUGCGCGGGACUUUGGGGCCAUGGGUGCUGAUGGACUCAUGGCCACUGCGGUGGAGAGGCUGGGUAUUAUAACCAGCCUCGUCGGGAAGACUGCCGCCCUCAAGGGGGGCUUCAGCUCCAAAAUUAUGCGGGCCUCCUCGGAUAUCAGGGAUAUCGUGGACACCCUGGUGGCGCGCAGCGAGUCGGACGAAGUUCGACGCCUUAAGGCCGAUAAUGGUCGCCUCCAAAGGGAGGUGGCCAUUAUGAAGGCUGAGGUCGCUGCGCUCCGCCGGGGGUUCGAGGAGGCUCGCCGUGAGGCUGCUCAGGCUGCGCGGACGGUGCAGCGGCAGGCUGCUCCAGUGGAGGAUGAGCUGGAGCAGAGGAUGGCCAGAUUGAUUGAUGGCCGUCUGGCAGCGCUAGGACUGGCUGGGUGUCCUCGGAGUGCCACUCGUCCACCUCUGGCGGGUGACAACUCCGAGGUGGCGAGGGCUGCAAGGACGGCCAUUGAGGAGGCCUCCGGUCUGGGUCCGGCACCGCGGCCUGAGCAGCCGGUGGAGUUGGAGGUUCGGGCCCCUGCACGCCCGGCCUCUGAGAGGCGGGGUUCUGUGGUCGACGAAUGCCCGGAGCUCCCCUGGGUCGAAGUCCGGGGGAGGAGGGGGAAGGGGAAGGGCGUGGGAAAGAAGUCCCAGCCCAAACCUGCGGAGCGACCGGCGGCGGCCCCAACAAAGGCCACUGCAACGGCGCCCAAGGCACCCCCCAGGGCGGCGCCAGCGAGGGCGGCCAAGCUGUCGGCCCCUAGCUCCUCGGCUGUAAUUCUCAAGUUACAGCCGGAGGCAGCGCAAAAAGGGGCCACAUACAGCUCCGCCCUCCUCAAGGCCGAGCAGGCGGUGAGCCUGGAGGGGCUAGGAAUCGGCUCGCUUCGGAUUCGCCCGAGUGCGACCGGAGCGAGGCUAAUCGAGGUCUCUGGCCCCUCCAACUCAGACAAGGCAGAUGCGCUUGCAUCGGCCUUGAAGGCGGCCCUUUCCGGCGUCGCGGACGUUUCCAGGCCCGUCAAAACCGCGGACUUCCGCGUGACGGGCCUGAAUGAUGCGGCAACGGCGCAGCGGAUAAAGGCUGCGGUCGCGCAAGCCGGGAGCUGCACGGAGGACCAGGUCUGGGUGGGUGAAAUCCGCUCAGACUGGCGGGGCUCUGGCUCUGCCCUGAUGCGCUGCCCGGUCACGACGGCUAAAAAGCUGAUCGAGGCGGGCAGCCUCACGGUAGGCUGGAGUCGAGUGCAGCUCCGGCACCUGGAGGCGCGCCCCAUGCACUGCUACAAGUGCAUGGGGAAGGGGCACACCGCAUCGCUGUGCCCCUCGCAGACGGACCGCAGCCGGCUCUGCUAUAGGUGCGGGGAGGCAGGGCAUUUGUCCGCCUCCUGCACAGCGGAGCCCCGCUGCGCGGUAUGCCGCGACGCCGGCAAGCCGGCGGGCCACGUGAUGGGGGGUAGGGCCUGCAACCCACCCCCGAUCCGAGGGAAAGGGCCGUCCCCUCCUCCGCGCGAGGGAAGGCAAGGGGAGGCGCCAGUCGGCCAAAUGGAGGAGUGA